GAGGGGCUGGGGGCCGGGACUCCUGGGACUGGGGCAGGCUGGGCUGAGCGAGCCGGGUCGGGCUUCCGAGGUCUCCGCACGCGCGUGCAAGGCGGGAUCCCCCGGCCCCUCCUCCGCCGCCGGGCGCCGCCCCGCCCCCGCCCCCGACCCGGGCCCUCCUGAGCGUGAGCAGCGAGGAGCCGGCGGGCCAGCGGGCGUCCCUGCGGCCAGCGAGCGGGAGGAGGAGCCGCCGCCACGCCAGGGGCAGCCGGAGGAGCCGAGGAGGGCGCCCCAGGUUGUUGCCCCCUCCCUCUCUUGAGAUGUCAGGAAGGCGGGGGCCACCUGUGUCCUCCACAGGGGCCCCUGGAAGCCUGGGGGCCCUCAUCCCCGGAUCUUGGAGGCGGAGGAGGUGCUACUGACAGGUGCUCCGAGAGAUGCCCCCCCACUCCUCAUGCUCCCUUCCCAUCCUCCUCCUUGUCCUCCUCCCCAGUGUCUCAAUGGAGCCCCAUCCCGCACCCUCACCACUGCCCCCAUUUCUGGCCCCUGAGUGGGACCUGCUGUCCCCUCGAGUAGCCCUGUCCAGGGGCACCCCUGCUGGGCCCCCUCUGCUCUUCCUGCUGGAAACUGGCGCCUUUGGGGACUCAGCAGCUGCCCCAGCCAACCGCAGCCGGCGUGGGGUGAGAGAGUCAGCACCAGCAAGUCGCCGGGGUGAGCUGGCUGUGUGUGAUGCAGUCAGCAGCUGGGUGACAGACCGCCGGACGGCUGUGGACUUACGUGGUCGAGAGGUGGAGGUGUUGGGCGAGGUGCCUGCGGCUGGUGGCAGUCCCCUCCGCCAGUAUUUCUUUGAGACCCGCUGCAAGGCUGAUAGCACUGGGGAAGGCGACCCUGGUGGGGGUGCAGGGGGCUGCCGGGGUGUGGAUCGGAGGCACUGGGUAUCUGAAUGCAAGGCCAAGCAGUCCUAUGUGCGGGCGUUGACCACCGAUGCCCAGGGCCGUGUGGGCUGGCGAUGGAUUCGAAUUGACACUGCCUGCGUCUGCACACUCCUAAGCCGGACUGGCCGGGCCUGAGGCCCAUGCCCAGGAACUGGUCAGGCAGAGAAAGAAGAGAAAUGGAUGCUGAGGAACAUCACGGGUGGCCUGGCUGCUCUAAGGGCCUCUGUUUGGGAGCUUGUUAAAUGAUCACAAUAUCACAGCUGUCUGAUUUUGAGAGCUCAAUCUGUUGCAGGAUGGGUGAUGAAACCGAGUGGGGUUUCAAUGAAUAGGAAUUCUCCUGGAGGAACUUGAGGGUAAUAAUAAUGAUAACAACAAUAAUAAGAGCCAACAUCUACUGAGUGCUUACUGUUUAUC